CAUGGUCUUGGGCGGCUAGCGAAGUCAACAAUGGCUUACUGCAGCCUUCCUUUAAAAUAUUAUGCCCUUCGUUUUCUUCUUCUUCCAUUCAAGUUCCUUUUCAGUGUUUCAUAGAUACUGUAAAAUUCAGAAUCCCAUCAUCAACCCAAUGGAGAAAUCAGAAGAAAAAGAAGAAAGUGUCGAUUUGAGUGGAAUAUCUCUUCGACCCCUUGAGCUCUCUGACCUGGAUGAUGUCUUGGUGUGGACCUCCGAUGAAAAGGUGGCAGCUUUCUGCACUUGGGAUCCUUAUAGUAGCAAAGAAGAGGGCAUCAAUUUCAUCCAAAACAUAGCCAGCAAGUUUGCGUGGUGCAGAGCAAUAUGCCUGAACGACCGUGCUAUUGGGUGUGUUUCUCUUUCCUCCAAUUCAGAGCAUGAUAAAAGCAGGAACAGAUCCUUGGAACUUGGCUAUGUUAUUGGUUCCAAAUACUGGGGUAAAGGGGUUGCUACAGUGGUUGUGAAAGAAGUGGUUAAGGUUGCUUUCACUGAGCAGUGGUUGGCAGACUUGGAGAGGAUUGAAGCUCUUGUUGAUGUGAUGAAUGUUGGGUCUCAGAGAGUGCUGGAAAAAGCUGGUUUUCAGAGGGAGGGAAUUCUUCGGAAGUAUGUGUUCAACAAAGGAAAAACCAGAGAUAUGGUGAUGUUCAGUGUUCUCUCUACUGAUCCUCACCUUUCAUCUACUUAAUUUGUUUCUCAUCCCAUCAUUUUUAUUGGCAGAACUCAUCAUUUCAUUUCCAUUGCGUGAUAUUAUAAACCGCUUGAUUCCUCUGUCUAAAGUAUUCACUUGCAAAAUUAAGAACCAAUUCUUUCUGUAAGGAGAUCUUUUGCUGGUGAUCACAGGCAUACAAUUAAGAACUUCUGUAACCCUUAUUUA